CCUACGCGGAAGCGAGUUUGCUCCGGCUUCCAAGAGGCUGUCCAGAGACUGUUCCAGGUCCUGCGGUGUUGGAGCUUCGGGACUGCCGUUUUGAAGUUUGAACUACCAGACUUGUAAACAAUAAGGAAUGCAGCUUGAGCCAGGCACAGUGGCUCAUAUCUGUAAUCCCAGCUGUUUAGGAGGCAGAAAUCAAAAGGAUCACGAUUUUAUGCCAGCCUGGGCAACAAGAUCCUGUCAUCCUAACUUCAAGGAAAGCAUAAGUAGGAGGAUGCUGAUCUCAGUUCACCUGGACAAAAAAUGUGAGUUCCUACUUGAAAAAUAACUUUCCUUUUGGCUUCCAUCCUCCUUUGCCCACGUGGGAGAAGCAGUCUGCUGUGAUGAACACAACCUGGGCUGCAGAGGACCUUCUGGCUUUGAGCCAGCAGGAAGCAUUAGUGGAUUUGCCCAACAACCACCCUGUGAGUGCCAGUGAAGAUGAGUUGGACAGUGAUGGAGAGAGAAAGCACCAAAAACUUCUGAAAGCAAUCAGUUCCCUUAAUGGAACUAGUAGGUGGAAAUUGACUGAGAGAUCUGAAGCUAGUCUGAAGGUAUCUGAAUUCAAUGUCAGUUCUGGAGGGUCAGGAGAAAAGCUGGUCCUUUCAGAUCUGCUUGAGCCUGCUAAAACUUCCUCCUCAUUGGAUGCUAUGAAAAAACAACUGUAUAGAGUCAAGUCAAAGAAGAUUCUGGGAUUACCCCUCAACAAAGAAGAGGUUAAAUGCAUCCAUAGAGAAAUAGCAUUCAAUCAAACAUCACAAACCCUUUCCAAAUGGGAUCCUAUUGUUCUGAAGAAUCGGCAGGCAGAGCAGCUGGUUUUCCCAGUGGUGAAGGAGCCAUCAGCCUAUGCUCCCAUUGAAUAUGUGUUCAGUGGCUGGAAGGCAACAACACCCCUGGAGCAGGAAGUUUUUAACCUCCUUCAUAAGAAUAAGCAGCCAAUGACAGACCCCGUACUGACUCCCAUGGAAAAAGCUUCCCUCAAAGCCAUGAGUCUAGAAGAGGCUAAGAUGCGCCAAUCUGAACUUAAGAGAGCCCGAGCUCUGCAGUCCUACUAUGAAGCCAGGGCUCGAAGAGAGAAAAAAAUCAAAAGUAAAAAAUAUCACAAAAUUGUGAAGAAAGGAAAAGCCAGGAAAGCUCUGAAAGAGUUUGAGCAUCUGUGGAAGGUCAAUCCAAGUGCUGCAUUGGAAGAACUGGAAAAAAUUGAGAAGGCCAGAGUGAUGGAACGAAUGAGCCUUAAGCACCAGAACAAUGGGAAAUGGGCCAAGUCAAAGGCAAUUAUGGCCAAAUAUGACCUAGAGGCUCGCCAAGCUAUGCAAGAACAAUUGGCUAAGAACAAAGAACUGACCCAGAAAUUCCAAGUAAUUUCAGAGAGUGAGGAAGAGGAAGGAAAUGUAGAAGAAGAGCCCCUUGUCUCUGAUGUGAAUGAAAUACAGAUGAAUGGGGAUGUAAUAAAUCCCUGGAUGUUCAGGAGGUGCAACAGUGAUGCAAAAGAGAAUGAAAUCCACAAGUUUUCUGAAGUCAAAGAAAAUGAAAGACCAGUGUCUGAGGAAGAAAUUUUGUUGAGAGACUUUGAGGAAAAGCACUCCCUUAAAGAAGCAUCUGAGCUCAACCACAAUGGUGCACCUGGAGGCAGCCAAGAAAUAAAAGAGUCUAACUGCCAGGAGGUAUUAUCUGAAUUGAGGGUGUUAUCUCAGAAAUGCAACAAGGAAAGCUAUCACUCCAGAAAGCAAAAAGUGAAUUUAGUGGGGACUGUUCUACAGGUCCAGAGAGAGGAACCUACCCCAGGGGAAGAGGAGCCACUAUUGCUACAGAGGUCAAAGAGAGUGCAGACUCAGGAACAGCUGGGCAAAGAAGAAUGUUCUCAAAAUGAGGAGCCUCUCCGACCUGUGCUAGAAAGGGAACAAAUGAUAAGGAACCUAUGUAAUAAGUCUGUCUCCAAGGGGAAGAAAAAGAAGGAGCAAAUGAUUGAUCUACAGAACCUCCUAACUACAAAAUCUCCUUAUGUAAAGUCUUUGGCAGUUCCCGCAGCUAUUGAAGAGUUGGAAGAUGAAGUGGAGAGAAACCAAAAGCAGAUGAUAAAGGAAGCUUUUGCUGGAGAUGAUGUCAUCAGGGAGUUCUUAAAAGAGAAGAAGGAAACGGCAGAGGCAAAUAAGCCAAGGGACAUAGAUCUGACAUUGCCUGGCUGGGGUGAGUGGAGUGGUGUGGGCCUGAAACCUAGUGCCAAGAAAAGACGUCAGUUUCUUAUUAAAGCUCCUGAAGAUCCUCCAAGAAAAGACAAGAAUUUGCCAAAUGCAAUUAUCGCUGAGAAGCACAACAUCCAUGCUGCAGCUCAUCAGGUUCGAGUACUUCCAUAUCCAUUCACCCACCACCAGCAAUUUGAACAGACUAUUCAGAACCCUGUAGGAUCUAUGUGGAACACACAGAGGGCAUUCCAAAAGCUGACCACUCCCAGGGUUGUCACCAAGCCAGGCCAUGUCAUAAAGCCCAUAAAGGCAGCGGAUGUGGGCUACUGCUCUUCACGGUCUGACCUAUCCGUCAGACAAAACAGUACAACACAACUCUCUAGACAUCACCAGAAAUAGCUGAAGGAAAACUGGAGUGAUUUGCUAGAAGAGUGACAUCUUGGGACUCAUAACUGGGAGCUCUAUCUGCUCCUGCUCCUCCUUUGGUUGUUCCUUGCUGCAGGGUCAGUUCUAAAAGUAGCUUAGCACACUGGUAUAGUUCCUCCACAUUUAAAAAAUAAAGAUGUGUAUGUGUGCACGUGUGUGUGUGUGUGUGUUAGUGAGCGUGCAAGUGUGGGUGUUGAUCCUGGAGCUUGAACUCAAGGUCUGGGCACUAUCCCUGAGCUUUUGUGCUUAAGGCUAGCACUCUACCACAU